UUUCUGACAAUUGUAACUAAACUAAAGUAAAAAUGGUGUUAUUCCUUGUAAAAAGGGGUGAUGAAAAUCAGUUUCUUUACGAAACAGAUGUUGAUAAAGAUGUGGAUGAAGUGGUGAAGGAUAUAACGGCUAUAUUUAAUGGGAGGCUAAAGGUGACGAGGAUUUGCUAUGAGAUCGAUGAGCUGCAGAAGCAUGGGACCUUUUUGCCGCCUGAGAUGCAGGGAUUGACUGAAGAACAGAUCAAAGAGUUGAAGCUAGAAGACCCCUGGGCUAAGCGCUGUGCUCCACCAGGUCACGUGUUUGUGAAGGAUGACAUGGGCCGUCGCUGUGGUCUGGCACCUCCUCCUAAUAUGCAGGAGAUUAUCAAGAAAGCUGCCGAAGAUGCUAAAGAGAUGAUUAGUAAGAAACAUGUGGAUCUCCGCAAAUGCUUAACCCAGAAAGACGUAGCGAGAGCCUUAGACGAGCUCCGAGGAGCUACCAAGAUCGUCUUCCCUGGAGGUCUGCCUCCUCAUGACCCAGUCCGCAUGGAACUGGACAAUGUGGAGGAUCUGUCUGGAACUCAGGCUGCUAAUGAAGUGAUAGACCCUUCUAGAGCCUGUUUGUGGGCUUGUGGGAAGAAGUUCUUGAGUGGGAACAAGUUGAGAGAUCAUUUGGGUAAAAAUAACAAGACAAAAGUCACGGUCAAGCUUUGCUCCACCUCCGAAGGCGCACCAGGUAGAGAGCCAAUAAUGUCUGAAGAAGAACGAAAGCAAUUGACUCUCCACGCUUACAGGAAGCAGGAGGAAUGGAAGAAACUGGAACAGGAUGAAGAUGACCACUACCUGGACUCCAAGUGGGCUGAUGGACAUAGUAUGAAGAGGCAGUUCCAUGGCUUGGAUAAUAUUUCCUGGAAGCCCACUUUUAAGAAGUAAAUGAUGAUGAUGAUGAUGUGGUAUGAAGAGAAUACUUUCUUUUGUUUUCUUUCUUUUUUUUGUGGUGAUUAUCAUGGUGUCUGUAUUGGCGUAAUAUUGUUUUAAUUAUAGUUUACGUUUAAUUGC